CUUUUCCAAAAGUCCAUUCCCCACCCGCUUGGCAUAAUUAUAUUCCAACCACUAUUAUUCAUGAUGCGUCUUAUUUCGGAUGGAUUCAGAUAUCUGGAAGUCAAAACGUUAUUAUCAAGUUAUUAAAUAGCGUGACUGAUCCAUCCCUCCCUUCAGUUGGCAGCGAGAGAUAUUUAAAUGGGAAACGGCAAUGUUCGACUUUUUUAUACCAUUACCUCAUGUAUCCCAUACAUAUUAUUGCACCAAUAAAUUUGAUAUGGAAACCGACUUUCAUUACUAAUACAAGUGACGAAGAUAAUAAAGUUACAAGGCACGUGCUAAUAUGGAUUCAUGGAUGUGCUUUUGAUGAAUCAUUUGAAGCACUAAAUACGGCUAUUGAGAAAAUGGAGUUACGAUGUGAAAUAUCUAUUUCAAAUCUCCAAGAUGAAUUUCUGAUGUUUGAAUUGACGGGUCCAAGAUCGACGGCUUUAUUGCAAGAAGUAUUAGAUAUUGCCGACGAUUCUUCUACUUGUGCUGCUUCCGGAUCCAAUAUUGAAAGAAGUACUGAUACCGAGGUUAUGGAAGUAAAGAAGGCUUGCAUUAAUAGUGAAGCACAUAAGGCUUGGACUACAUUACGAGAUUUGCGAAGUUCUGCGUCUUUACCACCAGGAGUUGUGCUUGGACUAACCGUUUUUGACCCACGAUUACGAUUUCCCAAAAAAGUUCCACCGCGAACCUCUCAAAUUUCUCCGUCAUCGUCAGUGGCGUUGCAAAAGUUAUUAAUAAAUUGGCCUAAUACAGUUGCAAAUUGUGAUAUAUGGGAUGAGGAAUGCAGGAUUCAAUUGAAAAUGAACAAAUUACUUGUUCCAGGUCAAAAACUCAUUCCAACGAAUAAAGAUUCGUUGAUUCCAAUAUUAUUAAUUCAACGAGAUGGUUUAAUCACCACGCUUAAUAAAUCGAAUAAUGACGGUGACAUGAAAAAAAAUAAUUCAUCACCAGAAUACAAUAGUGGUUGGAAUAUAAUUAUGCCAAGCGGGUGGGGAAUGGACUUUUGGAAAAGCUUU